AUGAGAUUGCGAAAGUUAUCCUCGCUGGAACUAUAUUUUUACAAUAGAAGUAAAUUGAAUCUACAUUCAUGUUUCUACAUCGGUGUUACAUUGAAUCAGUUACCUACAAGAACUCAAAUCAUACAUGCAUUGAGGAAAUCUGUAGCUAAAUACCAGCAAUUGAGAUGCAAUGUCAUGAAAGCUGGCGACAGUGAGGAUGACAUUUAUUUUAAUGAUAUUGGUAAUGAAAAGAUAUAUUUUGCUGAUAUCGUAGAGUAUAAGAAUUGGGAUUCUGUAAGUGAAAGUAACAUUAAUUCUAUAUUUCAAGAAUAUAGCUUUGAAUACUUUACAGAUAAACCUGUUUGGAAGAUAUUAGUCCUUGAGAAUCAAAAUCAGUUACUAAUGUUGUUAGAUCAUGUUUUAUUUGAUGGUAUGUCAGGAAUUAAUUUUUGGAAUUCAUUUAUCUCAUCUUUACCUUCAAUAGAUUCAAUAUCCGAGGACGCAAAUGCCAAUGAAUUAAUAUUUCCUUUCGAAGAGCCUUCUCAAAUUGCAGUUUUGGGGGACAACCAUCCCUAUGAAAAUUGGCCUAUAUCUACAACUUGGCACAUUAAAAGAACUUUGCUUAAACAUAUAUUUAAAUGGUAUCCAGGAAAGAUUAUGUCCCAUGAUCCUCAAUUAAUAAAGUUCAAUUCUUAUUCAUACCCAUCAGGUCUAUUGGAUAACAAUUCAGUUCCUUCGAAAUCUCAAUAUACAAUAAAGAACAAUAAUAAACAAUAUGAACUAAGAAUUCUGCCCGAUGAACUUAAAUUCGUCCUUCAAUAUUGUAGGACAAAAGGAUUCUCAUUGACCUCAUACUUGUCUUCAUUAUUUGUAAAUGAAUUAAGAACUGUCGAUUCAUCUUAUUAUAAUGGCUCUAAAAUCAAAAUUGAGAUUCCAAUGAAUACGAGAUCAAUAUGUGAGAAGGAGCUUAAUUUAUCACCGGAACAAAUGGAAUUAGGUAAUUUCAUUACAGGAUUAGGUCUUGAAACUGAGAUAGAUGGUGAGAAAAUUAGUGUCGAAGAUUUAGCAAGAUCAUUUCAAAAUUCAUUAAAAAAGCAAUCACAAGAAAGCAUUACUGAAUCAAUGAACACUACAAAAUCAUUAGAUGUUGUUAAUACUAAGGAUUUUGUAGAAUAUAAAAUAAAUCCAUUAGACGACAGUGACAUUAGCUAUCCUGGUGCCACAUUUGAAAUAACCAAUUUAGGCUAUCAAAAUUUUGUAGAAAAUGCGGGUUUCUGUGUAGUAGAUGCAGUAUUUGGUCAACCCCAAGGUAUUAGUGACAAUUUCUUUUGCUCAAUAGUCUCAACUAAAUUAGGUGGAUUAAAUUGUCUAAUAAGCUAUCCUACGUCACUGGAGGUACCAUUGGAAAGAUGUUUUGAUUCUGUUAGAGAUCAAUUGAAAGAACAUAAAAAUCAUGCAAAUGCUUAA